AUGCUCGAGCCAGUACCAUUCCGUUUCCUGGACCUUCCGAAGGAGCUACGCUUCAUGGUCUACGAAAACCUCACGAUCUCGACCAGGCAACUCCGACUACUGCCCCUCGAAACCGGUCUUCAAAUCGAACACCAAAUGACAGCAUCGUUUGACGAUCAGCCUGCCAUCACCGUCACCCUGCAAACCCUCCCUGUCCAGAUCUUCUCAAUAUGUCAACUCAUCUACUCCGAAGCACUUCCCUUCCUCACCCGGGAACUAGACAAGAUCCACAAAACCAUUCCCAGAAUCAUCGUAGACGCGGAUUGUCUCUACAAAUGUGCAUUAGACGGUACGAAGAAGCUGCUAUGUGCCCUUGUAGACAAAUUGGAACAGUAUCCGUUCUUCAGCCCAGCACCGGGGGCUGUCUACUCGCGAUCCAUGGAGAAGGAAGUACGGUCGCAGUAUCCGAGAGAAGUGCAGCAAUGGCUCGCCCAAUGCACACACCUCUUCCUCUCUCAACGCCCCACCCCCUGUCCCUUCUCAGGCUUCAUGGGCACGCGCACCUACCCAACCGUGCGUCUCAUCAUCGAAGUGCCCAAGCUCUGGAGGUACUCCUCUUACCGGGACCUCACCGUCGCUUCGCAUACCCAUGUUGGUACUCCGCCCAUGUAUACAGCGAGCGUCACGAGUCAGCUUAAUCAGGUGUACAGUGAGUUGGUCGACUAUACGAAGGGGUUGAAGCAUGUUAGGAAUGGGGCGAUUGUGUUUGGGCAGGAGGAUGAUAGGGUGUUGAUGAAGGAUGGGUUGGUCGUUAAGAAGACUGUUGCGUUGGAUUUUGGGAUUUGUAGAGUUGUUGAGUAG